CGGUUGUGUGUGUGGAAGAAAGAGGUGCCCGUCUUUGAGCGCGAAAUGUGGAUUGAAAAUCGAAACAAAGAAAAAAAGUAGUUAUAGCUUGAGGGAAUACAACACACAUAUACCAUAAUCACAGAGAGAGAACUCAAGAGAGAAUGGCACAGGCCCAACCUGAAGAGAGGAUCCAUGAAAACCCAGAAAAAGAAACCCAAGAAACAGGGAACUCUAGCUUCAAAUUUAAUGCCCAAGCACCUGAAUUUGUUCCAAGAUCACAGAUCCAGAUGCCAGUUUCAGGUUAUUUCUACCCUUACUUCCAAAUUCUUGGUGGGUCUGGUGAGUCUGAUUGGUUCUUUGUUGGGGACCAAGACCCUUCUUGUUUGAUCCCCACUGCCAAUGCUGCGCUACCCAAUUCCUCCAAGAAUAUUCUUACCCCUGAUCUUCAACAAAAAAUCGUCAAACAGGUGGAGUAUCAGUUCAGUGACAUGAGUUUGUUAGCAAAUGAAUCCUUCCAUAAACAGAUAAAUAAAGAUCCUGAAGGUUAUGUUCCAAUAACCGUAAUUGCUUCUACUAAAAAGGUUAAAUCUCUUGUUAGUAACAUUAAUAUGCUUACUCAAGCCAUCCGUUCAUCUUCAAAACUUGUUUUGAGCGUUGAUGGCAAAAAGGUUAAGCGCAAACAUCCUUACACUGAAAGGGAAAAAGAGGACUUGCAGUCUCGCACCGUUGUGGCAGAGAAUUUACCUGACGAUCAUUCCCAUCAGAAUCUUCAAAAAAUAUUUGGUAUGGUUGGGAGCGUGAAAACGAUCAGAAUAUGCCAUCCCCAAGAGCCUAAUUCUUCUCGCCCAAAAUCUGAUUUCUUUGUCAGUAAUAAGGUACAAAAAACAACAUCAUACCAUGUUUCUAUGUUGUAUUAACAAUUCAAAUGAUACUUACAAGAGUUUCUUACCCCAUGUUACUUGGUUCUCUCAAUCAAGCUCCAUGCGCUUGUGGAGUAUGAGACAUCAGAUAUAGCUGAGAAAGCUGCUGAGAAGUUAAAUGAUGAAAGAAAUUGGAGGAAAGGGAUGCGUGUAAGGAUGUUUGUUAGAUGCUCGCCAAAAUCUGUUUUGAAGAGUAGAAAGUCAGAAUUUGAUGGAUAUCUAGAUGAUGACGAGAUGCUAAAUUCUGAAUCUGUUGAGGAUUCUUCUCCUUAUCACUCAAACAAUGCUGAAUUGUUUGACACAAAUGUUGAUGAAAAUUGUAAGAAAGGAUGGGCUAGUAGAGGACGUGGAAAGGGAAGAGGGCGCACUCAAGGACGUGGCCUACUUGCUCCACCAUCUCAAUCAAGCAGCACUAUCCUUUGCGAUGCACACACUAAACCCAACACUAAGGGCCCAAAAAUGCCUGAUGGUACAAGAGGCUUCACCAUGGGACGUGGUAAGCCCAUUAGUCCUUCUUCUCAAGUCACUUCACCUAAAGAGUAAUAAUGGGUAUUUCUCAAGUUUUUCCUUUGGCUACAUACUGAACUUAAUUAGGAGAAUUCUUUGUAUUUCUUCACCACAGUAUUCAAAAGCAUCAAAAGUGUUUUAGAAGACCCUAUUAUGUUGGCUACACGGGUAGUCCCAAUUUUUUUUUAGAUUUUACCAGUUUAGUAAUAAUUCAUGAUUUAUAGUGUGAUAUGGUAUGGCCAUCCUAAUGAUAGUGGCCACAGAUUCUAAAUCUUGCUUUCAAUUAUUUAUUGUACACUAAAAUGUUUUUGAAAUUGAAUAAGAGACUUAGGAGUCAAAU